AUGAUAGCAGAAUACAUUGACUCCUUCCUGAAUCCACUGUCACAGAGACACCCCAGUUACAUCAAAGACACGUACCACUUUGUCCAGAUAGUCAAUUCCCUCUCAGUGCCCUCCGACACCAUACUCUUCACCAUGGACAUCGAAAGCCUCUACACGAAUAUAGAGACGGACAGGGGCAUCGAGGCAGUCAGAGAGGUGCUGCAGAAAUACCCAGACCCGGAGAGGUCAGACGAGGCUUUGAUCAAACUCCUGCAGCUGAGCCUGACAAAGAGUGACUUUGAAUUCAAUGAUGAAUUCUACCUGCAGGUCAAAGGCACGGCAAUGGGGAAGAAAUUUGCCCCUGCCUACGCCAACAUAUACAUGGCAAAGUGGGAGGAGACAGUCUUCCCGAAAUGCCCCAAAAAACCCCUGUGCCUCCACAGAUAUCUAGAUGACAUCUGGGGUGUCUGGACACAUUCUGGGAGAGAGUUAGAGGAAUUCAUCCAAAUCCUGAACGCCCAUCACCCCUCCAUAAAAGUGAAGGCCAUCACAAGUAGAGAGAAAGUGGAUUUCCUGGACACCACCGUUUUUAAACUAGCAGCAGAAAACGGUAGACAGAAACUAGCGACUAAAGUCUUUUUCAAGCCGACAGACACCCACACCCUCCUGCACACGGCGAGCCAUCACCCCAAACACACUUUCAGGGGCAUCAUCAAAUCGCAACUGAGCCGCUUCCACCGCAUUUGCAGCAGGGAGGAGGAUUUCGAGCAGGCCACGACUGUCCUCUACACUGCCCUUAGACAGAGAGGUUACACCAAACGCAGACUCAGACACAUCAAAUCCGAUUUCCUGAGAGGCCUGAGAGACCCCAGGGCGCAGAAUAGGGCAAUAGCCAAGCUACCACUGAUAACAGGGUACAGCAGGACGGCCAUCGAUAUCCACACACUAGUUAAGAGCCAUUUCCGACAACUGAAGGGAGAGGUGCUUUUCAGCCGCUAUUGCAGCCCAAGUGACAUCAGGGAGCUGCUAUGCAACACAGCUGGACUAGCUCGGAGUGCAGCUAUUUCUCUGCUGGAUCCAGACAAUGCGAUAAUCUCCAUUGAUCCCACCAUGCCUUCAAAUACAGAAAGCACUCCAUAUAGGGUCAUCACUCUGCCUGGUGCACAAUUAUCAGAGAAAGAUGAAGUUUUCCAGAGUGUUCUCGCACAGGUUGCAGAACAAUUUUCCAGGGCUUUCAAGAUCACUGAACUGAAAUCUGAAGUUACAAAUCGAUUGGCCAUUUUGGAGAAGAGAGUGGAGCUGGAGGGGCUGAAGGUAGUUGAAAUUGAGAAGUGUCGAAAUGACAUUCGAAAACUGCGCGAUGAAAUAGCAAAAAGAAAUGACAGCCAUCUCUUAUUGGACCAGAAGAAGUUGAUCCCACGUCGUGAUGUUCCGUCAUAUUCAAAGUACUUGCUCUCUGAAGAGACCGUUCAGACGCUCAGAAAACCAACGUUUGAUGCCUGGCAUUGGGAAGCCAAUGAAAUGCUCAGCUGUUUGGAGCACAUGUACCACAGCCUGGGCCUGGUCAAAGACUUCAACAUCAACCCCAUGACUCUGAAGAGGUGGCUGCUGUGCGUACAUGAGAAUUACCGGAACAACCCAUUCCACAAUUUCCGUCACUGCUUCUGUGUUACGCAGAUGAUGUACAGUAUAAUCGAGCAAUGCCAACUACAGGACAAGUUCACACAGCUCGAUAUCCUGAUACUUAUGAGUGCUGCUGUGUGCCAUGACCUGGACCACCCAGGCUACAACAACACCUACCAAAUAAACGCUCGCACUGAGCUUGCAGUCCGCUACAAUGACAUCUCACCUCUGGAAAACCAUCACUGCGCCAUCGCUUUCCAGAUCUUCUCACAGCCCGAGUGCAAUAUCUUCAGCAACAUGGACCCAGAGAUUGCCAAGCAGAUCCGGCAGGGCAUCAUCACACUGAUCCUGGCCACAGACAUGGCUCGGCAUGGGGAGAUCCUGGAUUCAUUCAAACAAAAAAUUGACACCUUUGAUUUCACCAACAAGGAUGAUGUGACUUGUCUACAAAUGGUACUGAUCAAAUGCUGCGACAUCUCAAAUGAGGUGAGGCCGAUUGAGGUGGCAGAACCCUGGGUGGACUGCUUGCUGCAGGAAUACUUCAUGCAGAGUGAUCGGGAGAAGGCAGAGGGUCUCCCUGUUGCACCCUUCAUGGACAGGGACAAGGUGACCAAAGCCACAGCCCAGAUCGGAUUCAUCAACUUUGUUCUGAUCCCGUUGUUUGAGACGGUGAUGAAACUUUUUCCACAGAUUGAAGAUACCAUGGUGCAACCACUGAGAGAUUCGCGGAAUCACUACGAGGAGCUCAAACAAAUUGAUGACACAUUGAACGAGGUGCAAAAGAAGAAGAAUGAAUCCUUAACCCUGGGAAAUAAAAAGAAGUGA